AUGGAAAAGGGGGAGUUGGCAGCAGACGCGCCGACAUCAACCUCAUAUCAAGGGCCAAACGUCAACCAUUCCGAACCUGCAACAAGUUCAGCCUCGUCACUUAGAUCAGACAUAACCAAAAACUUCGAACCAGUCCGGAGCACUAGCCCAGAGCCUGAAUCAAACUCCUCGGGGACGCAGUUCAACGAUGAGAGUCUCGCAAGCACCAUCAGUCGCCGGCGCAGUUAUGCCUCCGGACACGACACAAAAGGGGAGGAAUGGGCGCAGAUCGAAAGACUGAUAUCACGAAUGUUCGGCCAGGAACGAAAGGCAAGCUCGGAAGAAGAGCAAACAAGACAUGUUGGAGUUGUAUGGAGAGAUCUUACAGUGAAGGGCGUCGGCCUCGGUGCUGCGCUCCAGCCUACCAAUGGAGACAUUUUUCUAGGGCUACCGCGGCUCAUUAAACGACUACUGACUCGUGGCAGAAGAGGCACUGGAGCUGGGAAGCCAUCCAUCCGAACCAUAUUGGAUGACUUUAAUGGCUGUGUACGUCCUGGCGAGAUGCUUCUUGUCCUGGGUCGUCCUGGCUCUGGGUGUUCUACUUUUCUGAAAGUGCUGGGCAACCAAAGAGCUGGAUACGAAAGCGUUGAAGGGGACGUGCGAUAUGGCGGCACCGAAUCCGAAACGAUGGCGAAGAAUUAUCGGUCUGAAGUUCUGUAUAAUCCCGAGGAUGAUCUCCACUAUGCAACUCUGACGGUGCGAAAUACUUUGCUAUUUGCAUUAAAGACCCGAACUCCCGAAAAGGCUUCGCGUAUCCCAGGCGAAAGUCGGAAGGACUAUCAGCAGACAUUCCUAACGGCGAUUGCAAAGUUGUUCUGGAUUGAACAUGCUCUAGGGACGAAGGUUGGCAACGAGCUCAUUCGUGGAGUGUCUGGAGGCGAGAAGAAGCGAACCUCGAUUGCAGAAGCUAUGGUCACAAAGGCUAGCACUCAGUGUUGGGAUAACUCAACAAAAGGGUUGGAUGCUAGCACAGCCUUGGAAUACGUCCAGAGUCUGCGAAGCUUGACUAAUACCGCCAAUGUGUCGACUGUGGUAGCCCUCUACCAGGCGUCGGAAAACUUGUUCAAUCUGUUUGACAAGGUAAUUUUGAUCGAGGAUGGGAAGUGUGCCUUCUUUGGUCCUAGUCAGGAUGCCAAAUCUUACUUCGAACGAUUGGGCUUCGAAUGUCCUCCGCGUUGGACAACACCUGACUUUUUGACGUCUGUCAGCGACCCUCACGCAAGACGGGUAAAGGCUGGUUGGGAAGACAGGAUCCCUCGCACAGCAGAUCAAUUUCAAGCGGCAUAUCGUCAAAGUGGCACAUUCAAAGGCACACUUGCGAAUAUGAAAUCGUUUGAGGAGGAGCUUAAGGGUGAAGAACACGAACGAGAGGCAGCCAGGAAGAAUAUAAAGCAGAAGAACUACACUGUGCCAUUCCACAAACAGGUGUGGAUUCUCACGCACCGCCAAUUUCUGGUAAUGUUUGGUGACAGACAGUCACUGAUUGGCAAAUGGAGUGUGAUCACUUUCCAAGCACUUAUUGUCGGGAGUCUAUUCUUUAACUUGCCUGACACAAGUUCUGGCGUUUUUACUAGAGGUGGUGUCAUGUUCUUCAUUCUGUUGUUCAACGCAUUGCUCGCUAUGGCAGAGUUGACGGCAGCGUUCGAGAGUCGUCCCAUUUUGAUGAAACACAAAAGCUUCUCAUUUUACCGCCCGGCAGCAUAUGCUCUGGCUCAAGUUGUGGUUGAUGUGCCUCUGGUUCUUAUCCAAGUUGUGCUCUUCGAUGUGGUUGUAUACUUUAUGUCAAAUCUUGCGCGCACUGCUUCACAGUUUUUCAUCAACUUGCUUUUCAUUUUCACGCUAACCAUGACUAUGUACUCUUUCUUCCGCGCGCUAGGAGCUAUAUGUGCUUCGUUGGAUGUCGCAACGCGUCUCACUGGUGUUGCUAUUCAAGCUCUCAUUGUAUACACAGGUUAUCUGAUCCCGCCCUGGAAAAUGCACCCCUGGCUGAAGUGGCUUAUUUGGAUCAACCCCGUCCAAUAUGCAUUCGAAGCAUUGAUGGCCAACGAAUUCUACAAUCUCCAGAUCAAAUGUGAACCACCUUACGUUGUUCCCGACGGACCUGGAACAUCACCAUCCCAUCAAAGUUGUACAAUCCAAGGCAGCAGCCCCAACUCCUUGAUCGUCGACGGAUCAAGAUACAUUGAAACGGCAUACACCUAUAGCAGAGCUCAUCUGUGGCGAAAUUUUGGGAUCAUUAUUGGGUGGUUGAUCUUAUUCAUCUGCUUGACAAUGCUAGGAAUGGAGUUACAAAGGCCCAAUAAAGGAGGAAGCUCAGUCACAGUAUUCAAACGGGGUGAGGCGCCAAAAGCAGUUCAAGAGGCUAUCGAAAGCUCUGGGCACAUAUCUGACGAGGAGUCGGCUGAGAAAAACGGCAGCGCUCUUGACAUGAAUGGCGAUGUGUCAAAAGAUGCUGGGGAUAAGGUUGAGGGUAUUUCCAAGAAUACUUCCAUUUUCACUUGGCAGAAUGUCAACUACAGAAUUCCCUACAAGGGAGCCGAGAAACAGUUACUGAAAGAUGUGCAAGGCUAUGUAAAGCCAGGUCGGCUCACUGCACUGAUGGGUGCAUCUGGCGCCGGAAAAACUACUCUGCUCAAUGCACUGGCGCAGCGGAUCAAUUUCGGUGUAAUCACCGGCAAUUUCUUAGUUGAUGGAAAACCUCUUCCACGGAGCUUCCAAAGAGCAACUGGGUUCGCAGAGCAGAUGGAUAUACACGAGCCGACAGCCACUGUACGAGAGUCUCUCCGAUUUUCCGCCCUUUUGCGACAGCCGAAAGAAGUACCGCUGCAAGAAAAGUACGAUUAUUGUGAAAAGGUGAUCGACCUCUUGGAAAUGCGAUCUAUUGCCGGUGCAACAGUGGGAUCUGCAGGUUCGGGUCUCAACCAGGAACAGCGAAAACGCCUCACUAUUGCAGUGGAGUUAGCAAGUAAGCCUGAGCUGCUACUGUUCUUAGAUGAGCCAACGUCUGGUCUCGAUUCACUUGCCGCAUUCAACAUUGUACGAUUUCUUCGACGAUUAGCCGAUGCCGGUCAAGCUGUUCUCUGUACAAUCCAUCAACCUUCCGCCGUCUUGUUUGAACAAUUUGAUGAGCUUCUUUUGCUGAAGAGCGGAGGAAGGGUAGUCUACAAUGGACCACUUGGGCAUGAUUCCAAGAUGCUCAUCGAAUACUUCGAACGGAACGGCGGCAAGAAGUGCUCACCGCAUGCAAAUCCGGCAGAGUACAUGCUGGAAGUUAUUGGAGCUGGAAACCCGGAUUAUAAGGGCCAAGAUUGGGGCGAAGUAUGGGCCAGCUCAUCCGAAUCCAAGCAGCUUACCGAAGAAAUUGAGGAAAUCAUAUCAUCUCGACGCGACUUCCACAACGAUGAUACAACGCAAGAUGACCGCGAGUAUGCAAUGCCUCUGUACGUCCAAAUAUUGGCAGUCACUAAGCGCGCCUUUGUGGCCUAUUGGAGGAUUCCGGACUAUAUUCUCGGCAAAUUCAUGCUGCACAUUUUUACUGGUCUCUUCAAUACUUUCACGUUCUGGCAUCUAGGAAAUAGUUACAUCGACAUGCAGUCGAGAUUGUUCUCUGUUUUCAUGACCUUGACAAUCUCUCCUCCGCUAAUCCAGCAACUCCAACCGAAAUUCCUACAUUUCCGGGGUCUCUACGAAUCUCGCGAGUUCAACUCGAAAAUCUACUCCUGGACCGCUUUUGUGACAAGUACCAUCCUCCCAGAACUGCCAUAUUCCAUUGUUGCAGGAUCAAUAUACUUCAACUGCUGGUAUUGGGGUACCUGGUUCCCACGAGACUCAUUCAGUUCCGGCUACACUUGGAUGCUCCUCAUGCUAUUUGAACUAUUCUACGUCGGAUUUGGGCAAUUCAUUGCCGCAAUGGCACCGAAUGAGCUCUUUGCAAGCCUUCUUGUCCCGUGUUUCUUCACAUUCAUUGCAGCCUUCUGUGGUGUUGUCGUCCCAUACGCGGCUCUGCCACACUUUUGGCAAUCUUGGAUGUACUGGCUUACACCGUUCCACUACCUGCUGGAAGGGUUCGUUGGUGUCAUUACACAUAAUAUCCCCGUCGUUUGCGUUCCGCGCGAAGAAGCCCAGUUCAGUCCUCCUUCUGGUAUGACCUGUUCAGAGUAUGCAGGUCCAUAUGCCCAGAAAUCUGGUGGAUAUGUAAGAGAUGCUGGGAAUGGACUGUGCUCAUUCUGUCAGUAUUCGAUUGGAGAUCAGUUUGCCAAAAGUCUCAACAUAUUUUACUCGCACAAAUGGAGAGCCUAUGGUAUAUUUUGGGGGUAUGUCAUCUUCGAUUUCGCCGCGGUCUUUGCCUUCUCUUGGAUCUAUUUGCAUGGCAUUCGCAACUUCAAGCGAUGGCUCAGCGAGCGCAAGACGAGAAAAAGUAAAGCCAAUGGGCUGUGA